AUGCUUGAAGAGCAUUCCAAGAGAGCAAUACUUGCCAUUCCUCAACACAUCAAGAUCUGGCAACCCAUUCUUCUUGCACCAGACAACUCUGACCCCGUUCCUCUCCCCGACGAGGCCACGAUUGGGCGAGACAUUCUCGAAUUACUCCGGUUCCUCCCCAUCGAACCCGGAAGGGUUCAGAUGUUCUGGGUUCCGACGCACUCGGGAAUUGCCGGCAACGAACGCGUCGAUAAGAAGGCUGGAAUGGCCUCUAAGCAGGCGAAGGAUUUGGCGAACUUCCCUUUCGCCCGACCUAGGUUGGCACUCACAAGACAUUUGAUACCAUCUUGA